GCAGGGGCAGGGCUGCCGGCGGGGUGGGCGGCCCAGCUCGGCCCGGCUCGGCCCGGCCCGGCCCGGCAGGAGGAGGGAAGCACGGCGGCGGCCAAGGGAGGGCCCUGCCGGGCUGAACCGUGCCGGGCGGGAGACACCUGGGCGGCUGCGCUGCCUCCUCCUCUCACGUAGGUUUCGACUUUCAUCCCCGCCCGGAAACUUGGUGGAGGAGCCGCGUUCGCCCCGCCGUCUGCAGGGCCGAGUUGGCGCCGGGCUUCUCUCUCCUCCUCCCUCCCCGGCCCUUCCCGGGGGGCGAGCGAGCCCCGCUCCCGUCCCCUUCCUCCAGAGGAACUCUGCCAGACAGCUACUGCGUGACAAGUUUCCUUCCUGCUGGCCUGAGAGAGCGGCAUCCUGGCUAUCAUGGCUGACCCCGCAGCAGAAGAGCACGCGUACCAAGCUGGAGAACUCUGCUGUGAAUGCGGCCAGUUCCACCUCUUGCCGGACAAUCACCUCUAUAACUUCCAGGACGAGGUGGACGACGAACUCAUUUGCCACAUCUGCCUUCAGCCCCUGCUCCAGCCCAUGGACACCCCCUGCGGACACACGUACUGUUUCAAGUGCCUUGAAAACUUCAUGCAGGAGUACAACUUUUGUCCUAUGGAUCGGAAAAAACUCUCUUUCCAGCAGUGCCAUAAGUCCAGCCUCCUGGUACGAAACCUGCUGGAUAAGCUGGUUGUCAGCUGUCCUUUCAAGGCGGAGUGUCAGCAGACGAUGCAGCGCUGUGAACUGGAGGCUCACCUGCAGAACAGGUGUCCUGGCUUCAAGAAAUACAAAUCUGAACUGCAUCGGAAAAAGAAUCCUGUUUCCAAAGGGAAGGAGGAUCCCCCUGUCAAGGUGGAGACGAACACGCCCAAGGAUCCAGAGGUACCGAGCGCAGGAUCAUCGCUGGUAGCAGAAAGCUCUGCAGCUGCUGUGGUAUCACUAGGGACUGCAGAGCCUGGACUGGUUAAUCCAGCUUUUGAGGAGACUGAAGAAGACCUUCCUCAGAGAGCGAGUCUUGUGGCUGAAACGAGCACAAUUGAAAUUCACCGAGAAGACCCAGAGGAAGAGCUGGGCAUGAGGAUAGUUGGGGGUAAGGACACCCCGCUAGGGAACAUCGUUGUUCAGGAAGUCUUGCGGGAUUCUGUCGUUGCUGCAGAUGGAAGAAUAGCGCCUGGGGACCACAUUCUGGAGGUGAAUGGUGUCAACAUCAGCAGUGUGACUCACUGCCAGGCUGUCUCCUUCCUGCGCCACCCUGGCCCUGUUCUCCACCUCAUGGUCCUGCAGGAGAAGGGCUUUUCCAAUAAGACUGCACAGCAGGAUUCCACUUCGGCUACCAACCGGGAAGUGAUCCACGUCACCUUGAUAAAGAGAGACCGGUCCGAACCCUUGGGAAUCAAACUGAUCAGGAAGACGGAUGAGGCAGGGAUUUUUAUUCUAGAUUUGUUAGAGGGAGGUUUGGCAGCCAAAAAUGGAAAGCUGAGUCGGAAUGACAGAGUCCUGUCUAUAAAUGGCCAGGAUUUGAGGCAAGGAACGCCGGAGACUGCAGCACAGAUAAUCCAGACCAGUGAAUCGAGAGUGAACUUUGUGGUCCUGAGGCAGCCAGGUGUGCAGCUGCCAGACCCGGGGGAAGAUGGCAGCACGUCGAAUAACAGCAGCAGCAGCAGCAGCAAUGGAGGAAGCCCAGUGCACCAUCGGAGGAGACUAGACCAGAAUCACUACAGGCGAAAGUCUAACUACCAGAAAGAUUUACCUCAGGGAUAUGUAACUCAUGAGAAGACAGUUGCAAUAAAAAAGGAACCAAAGGAGUCUUUAGGAAUAACAAUUGGAGGUGGAAGGGAUAACAAAAACAAGCUCCCUAUAUAUGUAACGAGCGUGCAGCCCAUUGGGUGCCUCUUCAGGGAUGGCAAAAUCAAGCGAGGAGAUAUACUUCUGAGCAUAAAUGGCAUUGAUUUGACUCAUCUUAACUACUACGAAGCUGUCUCAGCACUGAAAUCUAAUGCAGCUUCCCACUCGGUUGUACUGAAAGCCUUGGAAAUCCUUGCAUCAGACUCAACAGAUCCCUCUCUGGACAUCAAGGAACGAGGAUUCAGCUGGUCUCCCCUCUGGAUCACAUGGCUCGGAUUGCCUAGCUACCUUCACUGCUGUCAAGAUAUCGUCCUUAGCAAAGGUAACCUGGAAAGCUGGGGCUUCAGCAUUGUUGGAGGCUUUGAGGAGAGCAAAGGAAACCAGCCAUUCUUCAUCAAAACCAUAGUGCCUGGGACUCCCGCCUUCCGAGACAGGAGACUGAAGUGUGGAGAUGAAAUAGUGGCAGUAAAUGGAGUGCCAGCAAUUGGAAUGAGCAACUCGGAACUAAUCCCAAUGCUGAAGGAGCAAAGGAAUAAAGUUACGCUUACUGUGGUAUCCUGGCCAGGAAGCCUCGUGUGAAAGCUCAAACCAUGCAACAGCUUCAAAGAUCAUCUGUGGUACCAGACAGUUGUUGGCCAUCAUGCUAAGCUCAACGUGACACAGGGAGGGAACGCUGAACUCUUGCUAUACAGUGUAUUGUCAUGGGAGACUUUUCACUUCAUUAUUGGAGAAAACAUUUCUUUACUGUGCUGAGGUUACCACCAACUCUGAGCGUUAGAUUCAAAGUUAUGGUAAAUCAGAACAGUUGUAGCCUCUCAGUAUUGGUGUUGCAGAGAAAGCUGUUUUUUCGGCGUUUCUCUACAAAGUGCCCGUCUUUACUUUGAGGCAUUUUCUUCAGUUUUAGUGAUCUGCUUUCUAUUUAAUGUUUUGAACAGGUUGAAACAGACGUGACGGUCCUAUUUCCCCUGCUAAUUUAAGAAUACUAUUUGACUACUGGUCUCUCUCUCCCUAACUGCCAUAUUGGACAUAGAUUUUUAGACAUUUUUAAAAGCCACUAAUAAAGCUGUAAGGAUGCAGACCAAUUAAGCGGAUCCUACAGCCCCCAGUCCUAAUGUUGUUAGGUUACUGGAAUUUAAGGGAUGUUUUUAUCCAUCAAAAAUCGUAACUCUCAUAGCUGGUGGCUGAAGAGCUGCCAGAUGAGCACAGUAGAGCUGUGUUGACGUGUAUGAAGGUCCUAUCACCAGGUUUCAGAGAUGAGGAAUUUAAUUUUCAUCCCCUUUCUCAGCUCGGCUUCCCUGGUUUUAAGACUUGAUAAAAUGACCAGCUUUUCUCACAGAAGGCAGGUGACUAAGUCAGCAGGUUUGUCUGUGAGAAACCUCUGUCCCAGGAAGCUAUUUAUUUUAAUCAGAGUUUCCCAGUGGCCAGAGGCAGAGUUGAGGCAGUGGGGAAGAGGCUGCCUCAGCCUCAUCGUACCAACUGUAUGAAAUAAGCUACCUCCAGGACAGCGUGCCCAGUUUGGCUUCAGUUUAAAUGCACUGUAUAGUUAAAAUUUAGAAUGCAAGAAACAAAGCCAUGUUGCUAAGUUCCUACCUGGAAACUCUACAUGAAGCAAUUCCCUUUAUUUUUUUAAGAAGGUUGUUAAUCAGCAGUAGAAAUGACAGAUCUUUCUCAAAUCAGGAUGAACUAAGAGAGAUCUUCCCUCGUAUGCUCUUUCUGCUGUACCUUUUAUGGGGCCAGCUCAGAUUGUAGGAAUCAAAGGAGCUUCUCCCCCCUAUAAAAUGCUACCUAGAAUGAGUAAUUCCUUCUUGUAGUGAAUUGACUGCCGAUACGUGCCCAUCAUUGUCCUAAGCAGUGCUUUUCAUAGGGCUGGCAACUUCGUAAUUAGCUAUUACAGCAGAGUAGAACUGUUCCUUGCUAGAUGAUUUAGCUGUUUACAUUCAGAGUGACUUCACUUCCCCUGGCUGUUAGCUCAAGGCAGUAUAUAGCAGGGCCUGUUAUCAGGGCCUAUUAUACAGAAAUAGCUUAGGAUCCGAUUGUUACAAAGGCUUCCCUGGCACCCAGCGUGGCCUCUUUGUUUGAUUGACAAAUACUGCGAUGGACUUUGACAGCAGAAACAGUGCGUGGCCAGCUGGGCUCUGGGGUCUGUUUUCCUGUUGUUCCUAGUGAAUGGUGAGAGCAAAAUAAUUCAGAAGUCAGAAACGCGCCUGUGGAAAACCAGUCACUCGACCUGCGUCUGACACAAAGGAACAUGGAGCAGGAUUUGUCUCCUUCCUACCAUGGUACAAAAUCUGUGCCUGGUCGGGAACAGUAAAUAUGUAGAUAGAAAGAGGGCAAUUCCUACUGAGCUGUACCAGGUGUCACUUGUAUAAAGUACAGUAGGAAAAAGCCCCGCAGAAGGUGGUCAGACAGUUUAAAUGAAGGGGAUGCUGCGGGAGGCAGCAUGAUUUUUAUUAUUAUUCCAUCUCGUUUCAAGGUGCCUUCAACUUCACCAAAAUGUCCUAGUAAUUAAGUACUGUUUGCAAGAUCAACUUGUUAAUAAAUGUUGGAUUUGUUUUGAUGCCUUUAUAAAUUAUUCUAAUAUUACUGAAAACCAACACUG